GGGGCCGGAUAAUGGCGGGCGCUGCAGAAGAUGCGCGAGCUCUUUUCUGGGCUGGAGUCUGCGCGACCCUGGAGGCCUGGCCGGCCUUGCAGAUCGCUGUGGAGAAUGGCUUCGGGGGUGUGCACAGCCAGGAGAAGGCCAAGUGGCUGGGGGGUGCAGUGGAGGAUUACUUCAUGCGCAAUGCUGACUUGGAGCUAGAUGAGGUGGAAGACUUCCCUGGAGAGCUGUUGACCAACGAGUUUGAUACAAUUGUGGAAGAUGGGAGUCUGCCCCAGGUGAGCCAGCAACUGCAGACCAUGUUCCACCACUUCCAGAGGGGCGACGGGGCUGCUCUGAGGGAGAUGGCCUCUCGCAUCACUCAAAGAAAAUGCAAGGUCACAGCCACUGCACUUAAAACAGCUAGAGAGACUGAUGAGGAUGAAGAUGAUGUGGACAGUGUGGAAGACAUGGAGGUCACAGCUCCGAAUGAUGGGGCUGCCACAGAUGGGGUCUGCUCCCAGCCUGAACCCUCUGAUCCAGACGCUCAGACUAUUAAGGAAGAGGAUAUAGUAGAAGAUGGCUGGACCACUGUCUGGAGAAAAAAAUGAGUGGGGAUGGUUGGAAAUGGCUUUGGGCCCUUAUUUGCUAGUUCUGAGAGUUGUCUGUAGGGUUGUUUUUUGUUGUUGUUGUUUUUGUUUGUUUGUUUGUUUGUUUUUGAGGAUUGCAGACCUGUGGACUGGUUACCCCAUCUCCACCCUCUCCCCUGUUCCCGUGUCUGGCUCCCUCCAGGGCAAGGAAAACCUAGGGUCCUUGGUCUUGGGGGUGGGGGGACCUUGUCCAGCACAUUCCCUUGGGCCUUUAGUUAACAUCUGAGUGACCAAGCCGGGUUCCCCGGUACAGUGUCUUUUGGGUGCAGUCAUUGUGAGGAAGGGGAUGAGUGAGUGUGGGUGUGGCUGGAGGAGGAGCUAGAUGCCAGUGGGCAGGUGGAUUUGCGGAGGAGAGGACCAGCAGCAGCAGCAGUACUCAGUGAUAAGGGGCUGGCUGGGUCAGGAAUGGUGAGAUGAACGUGCAAGUGGAAGAGAGAAUAGUUGAAGAUGUGAACGAAAGUAGCUCUGGAGCCUUUCCCUUACCCCACCCCCCACACACGCAACAGCUCUGUACCCCUGUCCAGAACUUGGAACCUCCCAGGAAUGCUGCCUUCCUGCAGCCCAGCCUCCAGCCCUGGGUUCCCUCAGGAAUUCGAAGACCUUGGCUAGGCGGUGAGCUUGGAAGAGCUGGGCAUUGUUUUCUGUCUCCUGUAACCUCUUUCCUUACUCCUUAUCCCAUCUCAUUUGAGUUCAGGGGUGAGGCUUAAGAUCUUAAUAAAUAAUAUCUUACAGAUUAAAAAA